AAAGAAACAUCUGGAUCCUAUAUAAUCUAUUAUAACCCGUUUCCUAAACCCUAUUUUCCAUCGCCGCUUCCCAAAUUCUGUGUGGAAACCUAACAUCGCUAAUAUGAAUCUGUCGAUCUCCUUCUUCCCCAUUCUCGCAAAUCCUCUUCCAAUGCCAUAUAAGAAGAAUCGGAAAAAGCAUAGACGUCUCCCAUCCCAAACCAUAGAUCGGAUAUUUCGUUCCAAGAUAAGAACAACCCUAUCAAAAAUCGCCCAGUGAUAAAGUAGCCAUCUGGUACUUGGCAGUCAGAGAAGGCUCCUGCACGUAGGCUUCUUCAGGUUGUUGGUAUGGUAAGGAUAUGAGAAUCAUUAUAUUUGGUUUUCGCCCGGGAACUAAGCAGAGACGUAUGGAAGGGCUUGAAAAUGGGGCGUUAUGCGACAUGUGGACGACACGUAAGCCUGCAUCAAAAAUGAGGCGUGGUGCAAAAACGGGAGGCUUGGGAGUGGCGUGCUUCUCAAAUUCACCGGAAAAGAACAGGAGAACCAAUGGUCAAACAAAGUCAAAGGAGCCACCUAAAGCUGAAUCAAGAAACCGGAACCCUGAUGACGAGAGGAGGAAGAUCUUGCCAAUGCGCACCGGACACAAGUUGAGGAUACGAUGGACGUUCUUAGAGUGGAGAUGAACCUAUUGGUGGAGGCAGAUGAACCAGUGAACCCGCAUUAUUUUGUUAAUAUAGAAUACAAUUUCUUUCGUCUUUUUGUUAAUUCCAAACAAAAUUAAACUACUCUCUUUUGCUCAACCGCGUGUACACGCGGGUUUUAACCUAGUUAGACA